AUGAUCCCUAAUUGGCAGCCGCCCCAAAACUACAGGGAACGCCCUGUAGCCAUCCUUGGUGCAGGCGUCUUGGGACGUCGAGUCGCCUGUAUCUGGGCAUCGGCAGGUUACAAGGUCCAGGUUCGCGAUCCCAUUCCGGAACAACGCGCAGACUGUAUCGCCUACGUAAAGCAGAAUGUAGAUUCCUAUGCAGAAAAAACAGGAGCAAGACCUGGCGAUAUUACCGCAACUGAGGAUUUGGAAGAUACGGUCAAUAACGCGUGGCUCGUUAUUGAAGUAGUUCCCGAGAAGAUCCAACUGAAGAUUGAUACCUUUGAGCAGCUGGAUAAGCUUGCUCCGAAAGACUGUAUUUUGGCAUCCAACUCUUCUUCGUACAAAUCCUCUGAGAUGCUUGACAAGGUGUCCGAUGCUACGAAGUCACGUAUCUUGAACUUGCACUACUACAUGCCUCCGCAGGUUAUGGUGGUCGAGUUGAUGACAGACGGCUUUACAGAUCCCUCAAUCAUUCAAUUUAUGUUCGAACGCUCUAAGGAAGCGGCUACAAAGCCGUAUGUCGCCAGGAAAGAGUCCACGGGCUUUAUUUUCAACCGCCUAUGGGCUGCCGUUAAGCGAGAAUCUCUGACGAUCCUCGCUGAGGAGGUUUCGACUCCUAGUGAGAUUGAUUCGAUAUGGAAGGAGAUUUUCAUCAAGGGAGGCAUGGCACCUUGUAAAGGCAUGGACAGCGUCGGUCUAGACACGGUGGCAUUUAUUGAGAAGCACUAUAUCGCCGAGAGAGGACUCCCUAGUGAAAAAACCGUCGAUUUUCUGCAAAGGAAAUACCUGGACUAUGGCAAGCUCGGGUCCAAGUCUCCGAAGGGCGGCCUCUACGAGCCCUCUGAUGAAGUCGCUAAAUCUGAUGCUGCAAGCCGCAGCCUUCUUGUCUUGGACCUUGGCUUGUCAUCCAAAGAACCGAGCUUCGAGGCCGGUGAAAUUCUGCAGAUCUCAGCAGAUGGACACGUAGAGAAGGCUCUCACUACAGGUCAAGCUCUUCCAGAUGGGAUCGUUGUGGAUCCCAGCAGCAAGCGAGUUUUUUGGACCAACAUGGGUAUCCCGGGAAAGGAGGAUGGAGCGGUGCUGUCAGCAAACUUGGAUGGAGGCGAUGUCAAGACUAUUAUAGCACCAGGGGCCAUCAACACACCAAAACAAUUGGCAUUGGAUGCAGAAUCAAAGAAGCUCUACUUCUGUGACCGCGAAGGGCUUCGUGUCAUACGUUGCAAUUUUGACGGGACGGAAUUCGAAGUUUUGAUUCAGACUGGCGACCCUAGUGCGCCAGAUGCUGGAGAUAAUAUGAAAUGGUGUGUUGGAAUGACUGUUGCACCAAGUCUGGGCAAAUUUUACUGGACACAGAAGGGUCCAUCGAAAGGUGGAAAAGGGCGUAUCUUCUGCGCAAACAUAUCUACCCCUGAAGGGAAGUCAGCAUCCACGAGGGACGACAUCCAGUGCAUUUUGAGCAACCUUCCAGAACCGAUUGAUCUAGAGAUUGACGAGGAAACUCGGGUCCUUUAUUGGACUGAUCGUGGCGAAAUCCCCUUCGGGAACUCCUUGAAUCGAUUAUACCUCGAUCAUUUUGGCUUGCCUCAGCCUCACACAUCCUGUCUGGGUUACGACAUACUCAGCAGAAACCUGAAUGAGGCCAUAGGCUUGAAACUGGACCUUCCCAAUAACAGUAUCUACCUGACCGAUCUUGGCGGCAGUCUUUACCGCUGCGAUCGGGACGGAAAGAAUAGGAUGAAGCUGUUCUCCGAUGAGAACAGGGCAUUGACUGGGCUCGCGCUCGUUUGA